AUGAUUCAUUGUCGAACUAAAAACGAUAACGCUACAACGAAUGGUGAUGAUAAAUUUGGAUAUAAUUCUACUCUAGUUAAAACAUUAGUUGUUGAAAUGUCAUUGUUUGAAAAUAAAUUAUCGGUUUGCAUUAGAAUGCAAGUUGCGAUUUACCUCGCCGAUGAACUUUAUGCCUUUUCCGAAGAAUAUGACUGGGAUCUGGAUCAAGGUUUGCUUCCUAGUCUUCAAAGAUGA